AUGUCGGUAGUUGGUGUAGAUUUCGGUUGCUUGAACACCAUCAUUGCAGUUGCUCGCAAUAGAGGUGUCGAUGUGAUUACAAAUGAGGUUUCCAACCGUGCUACUCCAUCCCUCGUCGGAUUCGGUCCCAAAUCCAGAUACCUCGGUGAGGCUGCCAAAACCCAGGAAAUUUCCAAUCUUAAAAAUACCGUCGGCUCCUUAAAACGUCUCGCUGGUCGUUCUUUCUCAGAUCCUGAGAUUGAUAUCGAGAAGCAAUAUGUUACCGCUGCUCUCGUUGACGUCAACGGCCAGGUCGGUGCCAAGGUCAACUACCUCGGAGAGCAGCAGACCUUCUCCUCCACUGCCCUCAUUGCCAUGUACCUCACCAAAAUCAAGGCCACCGCCUCUGCUGAGCUCAAGCUCCCCGUCUCGGAUAUCGUUAUCAGCGUUCCUGCUUGGUUCACCGAUUCCCAAAGAAGAGCUAUCCUUGAUGCCUCUGAGGUUGCCGGUCUCAAGACCCUCAGACUUAUGAAUGACACCACAGCUGCCGCUCUCGGAUAUGGCAUCACCAAGAUCGACCUCCCUACUGCUGAGGAGAAGCCCAGAAUAGUAGCCUUCGUCGACAUCGGUUACUCAAAUUACACCGUUUCCAUCGUUUCUUUCCGUAAAGGUGAACUUACGGUCCUCUCCACUGCCUACGACAGACAUUUCGGAGGCCGAGAUUUCGACAAAGCUAUUGCCGACCACUUCGCCGACGAAUUCAAGGAGAAAUUCAAGAUUGAGGUCAAGUCUAACCCCAAGGCCUACACCCGUCUCAUGACUGGUGUUGAAAAGGUCAAGAAGGUUCUAUCGGCGAAUGCUCAAGCUCCUCUUAAUGUCGAGUCUAUAAUGAAUGACAUCGACGUCCGAGGUAUGCUUAAGCGUGAAGAGCUCGAAGAACUCGUCAAGCCACUCCUGGACCGUGUAACUGUCCCCUUGCAACAGGCUCUCGAUGACGCCGGUCUUAAAGCCGCUGACGUCGAUUUCAUUGAAUGCAUUGGUGGUUGCACCCGUGUCCCAUCUCUCAAGGAGGCCAUCUCAACCUUCUUUGGCAAACCGCUUUCCUUUACUCUCAACCAAGACGAGGCUGUUGCUCGUGGCUGUGCUUUCGCUUGUGCCAUAUUAUCCCCCGUCUUCCGUGUCCGUGACUUCGCCGUUCACGACAUUGUCUCCUACCCAAUAGAAUUCACGUGGGAGAGAUAUGCCGAAAUCCCCGACGAAGAUACUACACUCACAGUCUUCAACAAGAAUAACACGGUGCCGUCGACUAAAAUUCUGACGUUCUACCGAAAGGAAUCAUUCGAUUUGGAGGCGAGGUAUGCGGAACCAGACAAACUUCCCGGUAAAAUUUCCCCCUGGAUUGGUCGAUUUUCGGUCAAGGGUGUCAAGCCGGAUCCAAAGGGCGACUUCAUGAUCUGCAAACUUAAGGCGAGGCUUAAUCUGCAUGGCGUCCUUAAUAUCGAAAGCGGAUACUACGUCGAAGAAGCAGAGGUCGAAGAACCCAUCCCAGAAGACAAAGACAAGGACGAGAACGACAAGACACCACCAAAGACUCGCAAGGUCAAGAAGCAAGUCAAGAAGGGUGACUUGACUGUUGUCAGCAGCACCAACGCUGCCGAUCAGGCGAGCAAGGAUGCGCUGGCAGAACGUGAGAACCAAAUGUUCGUCGAGGAUAAACUCGUUGCCGAUACCGAAGACCGCAAGAAUGCUUUGGAGGAGUACAUCUACGAAAUGAGGGCGAAGAUCGAUGAUCAGUACGCAGCUUUUGCGAGUGACAGCGAGAAGUCCAAGUUGAAGGAUAUGCUCGAGGCCGCGGAGAACUGGCUUUACGACGAAGGCGACGACACUACCAAGGCCGCUUAUGUUGCCAAGCAUGAGGAACUCCGGUCCGUUGCUGGCCCAAUCGUCCAACGUUAUAACGACAAGGAAGAGGAAAAGCGGCAAGCCCAGAGAGCUCAACGCAGUGCUGUUGAGCGUGCUCGUGAAGAAGCAGCGAAGAAGGCCGAAGAAUCCAAGAAGGAUACCGAGAUGAAGGACGCAGGAGAUGAUAUCCUGCAACCAGAAAUUGAGGAGGCUGAUAGUGAGAUGAAGGAUUAA